GUCUAUGAAUUGUUUCAUUAAAUCUUUUGGUUUGAUUGCAUUAAAAUAUCUUAUUCCACGUUCUAGAUAUGAAAGCGUAUUCUAUUUGUGUUAUGAAAGUGAUGCGUUGAAACUAUUAAGGGAAUUAUUGUAUUAGCAAUAUGGAGGUUCCUUCUAUGGAUACAAUUUACCAAGCUAUCAGUGCUUUGUACGAUAACCCUAAUGUUACCGAAAAGGAAAAAGCCUCUCUUUGGUUGGGAGAUAUACAGAAAUCUAUACAUUCUUGGAAAAUAGCAGACGAAUUAUUACAACAGAAGAGAGAUGUCCAGUCUUGCUAUUUCGCAGCACAGACAAUGCGUUCGAAAGUUCAACACAACUUGUCAGAGUUGCCUUCGGAAGCUGUUGUGUCACUCCGGGACUCGUUGGUAGAUCACCUGGAGCGCACAUCACCCGAGACGAGCAACGCUAUCCUCACACAACUCUGUCUGGCGCUAGCCGACUUAGCACUACAAAUGACAGGAUGGCAGAACUGCACAGGGGACUUAAUAAAGAAGUUUUCUAACAAAAAUGACUUUGCACUAUUAGAAAUACUGACGGUUCUACCUCAAGAGAUUGACUCGUCAAGUUUAAAACUUGGCGAGAACAGACGAGACGAAAUCAAGUUAGAAUUAAGGUCCAAUUCUCAUAUAGUAACAUCAUUUCUUAAAGAAAGCAUUAUAAAUUCACAAGAUACUGUUGUAUCAUUAAAGAUAGUUAAAUGUAUGACAUCUUGGAUUCAAGUUAGAGCGAUAGAUGUCCAGCAAAUACCAAAUAAUGCUGUAAUUGUGUUCUGUUUACAAGUGCUUAGGGAUUACAAUUCUAUAAACAAACUACACGAAGCAGCAUCGGACUGUAUAUGUGCAUUAUUGCAUUGUUUAGAGGAGAAUAACAAUAAUGAGAAUAUCGAGAGGUUGCUGUUUGAAAGUGUGUCAGCCUUAGAAGAGAGCUAUCAUAUGGCAGUGGCUCAUGAGGAUGAGGAGAAGGCUGCGAACUAUGCAAAAGUAUUUACGGAGUUAGCUGAAACGUUUUUAGAGAAGAUCAUUGCAGCUACAGCUAGUGGGAAUACACAUUUUGCUAUGAGGUCUUUGGAGUUAGCUCUUGUGUGUGUGGGCCACCAUGACUAUGAGAUUGCGGAAAUGACUUUUAAUCUAUGGUACCGUUUAUCUGAAGAGGUGUAUCAAGGUAAUUUCCAGCCUCUGACAGAUGUAUUCAAGCCACACGUAGAGCGACUAAUAGAGGCGCUGGCGAGGCAUUGUCAAUGUGAGCCUGAUCACACACAUCUGCCUGAAGAGGGUGAUGAAUUUCAUGAGUUUAGAAUUAAAGUAAUGGGCCUAAUAAAGGAUGUAGUAUUUAUAAUCGGUUCAAGUUCAGUGUUCCGGCAAAUGUUUGCCGCACUACAUGCGGACAUCUCCUGGGAACAAACGGAAGCAGCUCUAUUUGUUAUGCAAGCUGUUGCAAAGAACAUAUUGCCAGAAGAAUAUGAAUAUGUACCAAAAGUCGUAGAAGCAAUAUUGUCUAUGCCAGAAAACACGCACAUUGGAGUUCGGAAAACUUGCAUUUUGCUUCUGGGAGAACUGUGCGAGUGGAUCGAGAGACAUCCUGAAGGGUUGGAGCCGUGUCUGCAGUUCCUCAUCAGAGCAUUAAAUGAUUCACAGCUGGCUCCUGCAGCUGCUACAGCGUUACAGGCGGUGUGUGCGGCCAGUCGCACCCGGGCCAGCGAGCACGUGCGGCUGCUGCUGGACGCGGCCAGCCUGCCGCUGCCGCCCGCGCCGGCCGUCGCAGUCGCCCGAGGACUCGCCGCCGCCAUCGGCCGCCUCCCGCACCCACAGGUCUGUACUCACCUCCGUCAGCUCCAGCGAGCACGUGCGGCUGCUGCUGGACGCGGCCAGCCUGCCGCUGCCGCCCGCGCCGGCCGUCGCAGUCGCCCGAGGACUCGCCGCCGCCAUCGGCCGCCUCCCGCACCCACAGGUCUGUACUCACCUCCGUCAGCUCCAGCGAGCACGUGCGGCUGCUGCUGGACGCGGCCAGCCUGCCGCUGCCGCCCGCGCCGGCCGUCGCAGUCGCCCGAGGACUCGCCGCCGCCAUCGGCCGCCUCCCGCACCCACAGGUCUGUACUCACCUCCGUCAGCUCCAGCGAGCACGUGCGGCUGCUGCUGGACGCGGCCAGCCUGCCGCUGCCGCCCGCGCCGGCCGUCGCAGUCGCCCGAGGACUCGCCGCCGCCAUCGGCCGCCUCCCGCACCCACAGCUGUCGGCGGCGAUGCUGGAAGCGGUGGAGGCGCAGACGGAGCGGCUGGAGGCGCUGCUGGCAGCAGCGGGGGAGGCGGCCGGGGCCGGGGGCGGGGGCGGGGAGGGGGCCGUGCGGCGCGGCGCCCCCGACGACCCCUGCCCCGGGCUGGACCGCAUCGCCGCGCUGUUCCGGGACGUGGCCGCGCCCCCCGCGCCGCCCCGCCCGCACCCCUGCCUGCCCGCGCUGCGCCACGCCUGGCCCGUGCUGCUGAGGCUGCUCGCCAGGUUCGGCGCGGACGGUCGCGUGAUGGAGCGGUGGUGCCGCGCGGUGCGGUUCUGCGUGCGCGCGGUGGGCGGCGCGGCGGGGGAGCUGGUGCAGCCGCUGGCGGCGGCGGCGGCGGCGCUGUACGCGGCGCGGCCGCACCCGUGCCUGCUGUACCUGGGCAGCGUGCUGGUGGACGAGCUGGCGGCGGCGCCGGGGCCCGCGCGAGCGCUGCUGGAGCUGCUCUCCGCGCUGGCGCCGCGCGCGCUGCACCUGCUGCAGCCGCCGCACGGCCUCCGCGACAACCCCGACACCGUCGACGACCUCUUCCGCCUCUGCAUCAGGUUCCUGCAGCGCACGCCGGAGCAGUUCCUGUCGUCGGGCGCGCUGCCGGCCGUGGUGCGGUGCGCGGCGCUGGCCUGCAGCCUGGACCACCGCGAGGCCAACUGCUCCGUCAUGAAGUUCCUGCACGACCUGGUGCGCGCCGCCAGCCAUCCGCGCCCGGACCACGCGCGCGUCACAGCACUGGCCAGCGAGGUAAUAACGAGAUAUGGCGAGGAUAUCACGUACGCGCUGAUCGAGUCGAGCGUGCUGCACCUGCACUCGUACAUGCUGGCCGAGGUGGCGGAGGUGCUGCUGGAGCUGCUGCAGUGGCAGAAGGCGGCCGGCGUCGACUGGCUGCAGCCCUCGCUGCAGAAGCUGCCCCGAGACCGAAGCGCCACGGCCACCGAACAGCAGUGCUGGCAGUUCCACCAGUAUGCCAUGAGCGCUGAAAAAUGUAAAGAAUUAACGCGGAUACUGCGCGACUUCGCGAGGCUGUACCGGUAAACCACAGGAUUGAACCUGCGACGUGCACAGUAAAAAUCGGCGUCCAAGACUGAUCGACACGGUGACGGCGAAUGACAGACUUUGCAUAGUGAUAUUAAACCGAUGAACAUUAUUAGAUCAAAUUGAUUCAUAUACUGCAUGUACUUCCGGAUAUAGUGUAGAUUUGUGCUGAGUUAUAGCAAUUGUCAUAUCACAAGCAAUAAUGUUACAAUUAUGUAUUAUGAUUAAUUUUCGAAUUGGUUUAAAUAGCGUACGAAUAAAUAUUAACAUCUAAUAAAAUUAAGAGUAAGUGUUCUUUAUAUUGCAAAAAAAUGUUAAACUUUAGUCAAAUAUUGUUAUUUUUAAACUUUCGUGUUUAAUAUACAUUAUUUAUAUUAUUAAUAGGGCCUUAACACGAAUAAUUUUAUGGCAAAUAAAGGUGUUUACCUAUCGAACUUUCGACUAGGUUGCACUAGCCGUGGUCAUGAGUUGACUGGAGUAAGCGAUGUCAAUGUAGAUAGAUGAGUUGCC